AUGCCUUUCCAUUGUGAGUUAAAGCUUGUCCGCCAGCAUCUGAAAAGAGCACGCAAGAGGACCAAUUCCUUAUUGCAAACCAUUGAAAUUGCCUCUGAAGUGACGGUCUUGGCUUCUGAAAGCAACAAGAGCAUACUCGACCAAAAUGAGAAGUUAGAUUUGGCUAUGAUGGAAAAUAUUGCGGCUGACAUUACUCCAGAAUAUGCGAGUAUGAAUGUUCAACUUAUAUUCCACUACUCCAUGGAGGCUAACAUCUACAUCGACUUGAUCGCCAGUUCUCCCAAAAUUGCAGAAUUGCCGGAAACCCUACAAACUCAGGAUGCAACCACGCCAAUAGAUCGACAUCAGUUGGCAUUAAUCCCCGCGUUUGAUAUUGGUAGCGACCAAUGGAGCAUUCCCGAUUUAUCCUCUAUAUCCAGAUCCGUUGAUGAUGCUCAGGCGGUUCAACCUGUCUUUGGGGAAAUCCAUGACAGUGGUCAGCAGUAUACCCAGCAAUCAAUCGAUCAAACUCGUGGUAGUUCGGGUAAGGAAACAAGCCCUGGGUGGUGA